UGGUGCAACAAUCAUUACAGGCAGAGGAAAGUAGGUCAUAGUGUGCCUGUUCUGUCUACAAGAGAUCUAUUCGCGUGCAAGUGAAUGUGCUGCCCUAUCAAACGUCUUGUCAGGCUUGUUUCUACAAUCUAGAGGGAGACACUGGCAGAGUCAACAAGGCCAGCCCACUCAGUACCCAGGGCCGGUUGGUGGACAAAGAGCCCUGGGUUAUUCUGAGACUUCUUCAAAACAAAAGGUCUGACGGAAGCAGAACUGCUCGAGGGAAGAGUCGGUUGUAGUGGCACAACAAGCACUGUGGAGGAUAGCAGUUUUAGUGCUGCGUGCAGAUGAAUCACAGGUGCCGUGGAAAGUCACACCUGGCCCUGACUAAUCUCUCCUUGCUUCACCUCUUCAGUGGCUAAAUGCAGGUGUAGUAAAGAUUUAGUUAACUGCAAGGAAAUGGAAUAAAAUGUAACAACUGCCCCUAUGAAUAUUUGUGAUGACCUAAUGGCAGACCAAAGAAUGGACAUUUCCUCCACAAUGAAUGAGUUCAUGUCGCCUGGCUCUUCCAUUGGUACAACCAACAUGGAUUACACCCGGAAGAGGAAAGGCAGCACCACAGACUACCAAAUUGAUGGAUUUUCUUUUGAGGACAGCAUAGACACCGACAUGGACAAGCAGCUUGGACGAGACUGCGAUCCACAAGGCCGCAUUAAGAAUGCCAGGGAGGCUCACAGUCAGAUUGAGAAGAGGCGCAGGGACAAAAUGAACAGCUUCAUAGAUGUGCUGGCGUCACUAGUGCCAACCUGCAACGCCAUGUCCCGCAAACUGGACAAGCUCACUGUCCUGCGCAUGGCUGUCCAGCACAUGAAGACACUACGAGGUGCUGCUAACCCUUACACAGAAGCCAACUACAAACCAGCCUUCCUGUCAGAUGACGAACUGAAGCAUUUGAUCCUGAGAGCAGCUGAUGGUUUUCUGUUUGUUGUCGGCUGUGACCGAGGGAAGAUCCUAUUUGUUUCCGAGUCCGUCUUCAAAAUCCUAAACUACAGUCAAAAUGACCUGAUUGGCCAGAGUCUGUUUGAUUACCUGCAUCCUAAAGACAUUGCCAAAGUCAAGGAGCAGCUGUCCUCGUCAGACACGGCACCGCGGGAGAGGCUUAUCGAUGCCAAAACUGGGCUCCCCGUAAAAACGGACAUCAGCCCCGGGCCAUCCAGGCUGUGCUCCGGGGCCAGACGCUCCUUCAUCUGCAGGAUGAAGUGCAACAGGCCCCUGGUGAAGAUGGAGGACAAGGACUACACCUCCACCUGCUCGAAGAAGAAAGCGGACAGGAAGAGCUUCUGCACCAUCCACAGCACGGGCUACCUGAAGAGCUGGCCCCCCACCAAGAUGGGCCUGGACGAGGACAACGAGCCCGACAACGAGGGCUGCAACCUCAGCUGCCUUGUAGCCAUUGGCCGGCUGCACCCCCACAUCGUCCCUCAGCCAAUGAACAAUGACAUCCACGUCAAGCCCACGGAGUAUGUCUCCCGCCACGCCAUAGAUGGGAAGUUUGUCUUUGUGGAUCAGAGGGCCACUGCUAUUUUGACCUAUCUCCCCCAAGAGUUGCUGGGUACUUCAUUUUAUGAAUAUUUCCAUCAAGAUGACAUUGGGCAUCUAGCAGAAUGCCAUCGACAAGUCCUGCAGAUGAGAGAGAAGAUCAACACAAACUGCUACAAGUUCAAGAUCAAAGAUGGCUCCUUCAUCACUCUGAGGAGCCGCUGGUUCAGCUUCAUGAACCCCUGGACCAAAGAGGUGGAGUACAUUGUCUCCACCAACACCGUCGUCUUCGGCAGUGUGCUCGAUGAGGAUGAUUCCAACUACCCCCAGCUCGCCAGCUCCCCGCAGAGCAUGGACAGCGUACUCACAACAGGUGACGGCACGGGGAAGCGGGCGCUCCAGACCGUGCCCGGCAUCCCAGGUGGCACGAGAGCAGGGGCGGGGAAGAUUGGGCGCAUGAUUGCAGAAGAGGUCAUGGAACUCCAAAGGAUGCGAGGUUCCUCCCCCUCCAGCUGUGGCUCCAGUCCUCACAACAUCACCAGCACUCCUCCACCAGACACCUCCUCCCCAGGAGGCAAGAAGAUACAGAACGGUGGAACUCCAGAUCUUCCCUCAGUAGGGAUGAUCCCAGGCCCUGACUCCAUAGGCUAUCCUUGCUCCAACAAUUCCAUACUAAGCGAUAACUCCCACAUGGGCCUGGACAUCAUGGACGAGCCAGGCUCCAGCAGCCCCAGCAACGACGAGGCUGCCAUGGCAGUGAUCAUGAGCCUCCUGGAGGCCGACGCAGGCCUGGGUGGACCCGUGGACUUCAGUGAUCUGCCCUGGCCCCUAUGAGUGCCGGGAGCUCGCACGUCAAGCCUCCCGAGGUGUCACAGUAUUGGCAUACAGCAGCGGGACUGUACUGGCUCUCUGGGACCAGUACCAGAGGGGGUGGUGGCUCCAGCCCUAGUGUAGGGCCACGCGGAGGCACACCCUGGGGAGGAUGCUCGUGUCGGCCAGGGUGCACAGGACGCCUCCGUGGAACUGCAGUGAGACUGCCUCCCGUAAUGUAGUAGAAAAGCGUACCAGUUCUCUGUGGUUUUACCAUGUCUGUUCUCACUCACUGUACAGUCAUUGCCCAAGAUUUUAUACAGGCAUUUGUUUUCACACGACAAAUGCAUCUGUGUUAAUAUUUCGAAAACAAUCUUGCACCCUCUCUGUUUAUUCUAAACUGUAUGAUGAGUAUAUAUGGCAUGUGUACUGUAUCCGCGGUGAAAUAUUUUUGGGAAUAAACCCCUAUCUUGAUUUUCA